CUGCAUUCACAAUCCCAGAUAUGCCCAACAAGGGCUUAGAAGAGAGAAGACGUCGCACUACUUUCUGCUUCAACACCUGCACCUCGCUAAAAACAACUCGCAGUAACAACAACAUCAUGGAGCGUCAGGAACGAGAGUUGGGACAACGCAAAUCGACCGCCUUCAACCCUGAAGCGACCGCUUUCAGCCCAAUUCACCCCACCGCGAUAUCGAAAGGCAAAGAGUCCAUUCUAUAUGCUACAACUACGCCACCUGCAAUCCCACGCGAACUGUUCAAGACUUCUACAGUCCUCAAGCGUGAGUUUCUCAACCUUGCCAUUGGUAGAAAGUGUACUCAAUAUGGGACAGACGAUUCGCCUUUGCGACCUGCCGAGAAAAUGCGUCCGUUCUAUCACGGAGAGGCGACAACGUCGAGUGUGCCGGUUGUUCUGGGAGACUUAUUGCAGAGAACGCAACCAGGUCAGCAGCCGAGCAGUACGAGUGUAACACUGUUGACAAAAGUAUCAGAAAAUUACCUCGACUCAAGCGAAGGCACGGCAGGUACGCCUCUUCAGCAAUACAAUUUAUCAAAAAACAUUGUGAGCUUGACAGGGACGCAAGUUUCGCCGUAUCUAUUCUCUUCGCCGCGACCCGAGCCCAAGCUCGGCGCUGUAGAUGUCGACGAACUGAGCGCAAGCCUGGGUCUUCCUGGUGUGAGGAAGAACGUCAUGAGGAACGAUUCUCCGGCGCACUCGCAAAAGUCCUGUCCUUCUCAAGGUCCCCCCGAUUAUCUCGUCGGUAAGUUGAUCGGCAAGGCACUAGACACGCCUCUGACGGCCCAUGCCCUAGCCCGAUAUCUUAAUACUAGCGAGAUUGUGUCCUCGGAUGAUACAACCGCAGCCUCCCGCGAACUUCAGGAGUCUGUGAUGGGCUCUGGGAUGCUGAGUCGUAAUGAUAGCCAGGCUACCAAGAUUGUGCGCCCACCUCCCGGUUUUCGCGGCGAGGCUUCCCGUAGAAUAGCGAUUGAGGAUCCCAUAUCUGUCGUCCCAGCUGUAACAGAACCGAAGUAUGGGUCUACAGGCCCUGAUGUGUUGCUCCAGGCUCCACGUCACAACCCGUUUCAGCCUACCAACCAUAUCCAGCAUCAAGCACGCCGUUCAUCUAGCAGGAGGCGACCCCGAGCUUACACCCGUGUUAGGCGUACCGAUCAAGGCCCUGAGCCUUCUGCAGCGGACAUCUACCCCGAUGACGCGAACUGGGAGCCUUUCCCCAUACCCUUCAACGGCAGGGAAAGGGUACCUAACCGCCCUUCGUUCGUACCCCAACUGCCUCUCCAGCGAGUGAUCCAGGUCAACGAUACUAUCGGCUGGCCUACGCCCGCGGAAGUCUAUACACAACCUACCCCUUCUGGGGUCAACAUGCACAAAUCCGACGCCCCUCCCCGCUCUCCUACGAUCAACAUCUUCGAGAACCAUGUCCCACCCACGGGAACAGACAUUAAUGCUGCAGAUGACGAAGUCCUGGCCAUUAUCGACGAGCUCCCGGACCCGUCCGCUACUACACUACUAAGACUUGGGUCUUUUGACUUGGGAUGCGAUGAGCGCCCGCUUACUCCCGGUCAGUACGAUGCUUCCAGAUACGGCAUGGAGUACCAUGGUCUAGCUCUUGGCGACACAUGGAACUGCCCUCCAGCUGAGGAGACUGAACCGUUUAGGGUGCGUCCGCGCAAUCACGAGGGUUGGGGUGGUUGGGAGUGGGCGCUGAGGAGCGGUUGGGGGGAUAAGUGAGCGUGUCGAGCGAUGCUGAGCCGACAGCCUUCAGCAAGGGAUUGACGGAGUUGAGUGAACACGGCGAACUAUUCAUCACUAGCCUUACUAACAACUGGGUGUGAAGACCAGGUUUUGCGAGACGGUUGUGACAUUUUGGUGGUAUUUCCCGGCCGCCAUAUUAUUCUACAUGGCUUGUU